AUGUCUGGAACCCCACCAGCGCCAUUCAAACGGAUGCGACUUGGCACCAAAAGCUGUGCAGAAUGUCGGAGGCGGAAAGUACGCUGUGUAUACACGGGAAACAACUCUGCAUGUCGAGAAUGCAUUGCUCACGAGGCCAUCUGUACAAUGCAACAACCGAAACGCAACGCUGCGCCACCGAAUGGCGACCAUAAUACAGGAAGACUGCAGCAAAGACUGGAUGAGUUGGAAGGCAUGAUGCGCCGAGUUUGCGAGGCCAUUACUCCCAACUCGGAGUCUCUCUGCCUGUCGCAGUUAGAGACACAGGCCAUCACACGUCUUCGAUCCGAGUCGAACUCUCAGCAUAAAGAGUACGAAAGUCCUUUGCGGGCCUGGAGUCAGCCAGAGACCGUGAACUGGAGCUCCACUGGACAUGUCAGUACGCCUCCCGCAGACGUGAACGUGGUUGAAGAGGAUGCGCCGUUGCUCCGGCUUUUCAAACAAGCCAUGACAGUGCAAUGGGAUAGGCUACCAGCAGGAAGGGAGAGGCCUGCGUUGACUGCAGAUACACGUGUGAGGGAAUGUGUAGCCGCUCUGCAAUGUUUGAUACCGACUCACAACGACCUGACAUUGAUCCUUACGUUGACUGAGCAUUUGUGGCCUAUCUGGCCUUGGCUACCGACUUUCACCGCCCAGGGGGUCUCUCCCUCCCAGCAGCUUCGCCCUGUUGCCAUGGCCAGAGAGUUCAUCUUUGAAUCUCUGGGCUCGAACAAGCCAGCUGUGGCAGCAAAGACCGUUCUGUGGCUUGCUCUCUGUAUCCAGCAGCUUCCACGGGAAUUCGAGCAACGGUGGUCGAAGCUUCCCACCUCGCCACGACAUCUAAUCACCUCAUAUCUCACUGGAGCGGAAACCCUUCUUGCUAUGGACGAGGAAUUGGGAGGGACCAUUGAGGGCCUGGAAGCCAUCAGUCUGAAAGCUAAAUUAUACGUCAAUAUGGGAAAGCCUCGUAAGGCGUGGACAACUGGCCGUCGUGGGCUAGAUCAGGCUUUGCUGCUCGGACUGCACCAUUUUGAAGACAGCACAAUCUCGGAUCAGAGAAAGAAAAAGAUCUGGUCGUUUCUCUGGCACCUUGACAGGCAGUUGUCGCUCAUCUUGGGCUUUCCCUAUGCCAUAUCGGAAUCACAUCCCAGUCUGUCCAUCGAGCAUACGAAUGGUUCGACGAUGGCAUCAGUUGCUCACAAGCUCAGUAUGGUCGCCGGACAUAUUGCUGAGCGGAACCACAACCAUCGCAAGGUGGAUUACUUGGCCACGCUCAAGAUCGCCCAGGAGCUCGACGAAUGUAGGAGAGAAAUGCCUCAGCAGUGGUGGGAGACUCCCGAUCCCAACAUGCCCCUUGAAACGGUCUACUACCCCCAAACCCUCAAACUCGCCUACUUCCAGCUCCAGAAAAUGCUCCAUCUUCCGUACAUGCUCCAACCGACCGCGGAACGCAGCUUCAUCGACAGCCGCACCCCGGCGCUCGAAGCAUCACGAGAGAUGGUCAAGGCGUACCGCAUGCUCCGCAACUAUACCAGUCCUAUGAUCAUCAUGUGCGAUCUCAUGGACUUCCAAGUCUUCUCCGCCGUCCUCGUCAUCAUUCUCAAUCUGCUCUCCCAGGGCCAACCGCCCUCGAACAAUCCUCAAGACCAAACUCGCGAUUGGGAGCUUGUCUUGUACGCAACCACCGCCCUGAAACACGUCUCCGAGGUCAUGGAGUGUGCCGUCGCGAGACAGGCUUCCCAGCUACUGCAGCAUCUCCUCCAAGCCCACAAUGAUUCGUAUACCGGUUCGCACACAUACGAAGCCACCAUCCCAUAUUUCGGCAAGGUGCGCAUCAGUCGACCAUGCGACCCUGCCGUGUCGACACGAGUGACAGCUGGGUCGUCGUCGUUGUCAACAGGCACGUCGUCCCAACCUGCCCAAACCACGCCUUCUGUGCCUAGUCUGUCCUAUACUUCCCCACCUGAGGUGCAGUUCUGUAUAGAUCCUUUUGUGCCGUUUAGCAGUCCGGCUCAUCCCGGGAUUGAUGUCUUUUCGGACGCGGAGCUCAAUGUUGACUGGACUGCGGUUUUUGAUGACAAUAUCGAUUAUGAGUUCAACCAGGUGUUCGACAUGAUAGAACCAUAUGGGAUUUAG